AUGCGUCUUUUAUCACCGAUAUUGGUCGCAUCGACCUUGCUCCCUCUUAUCUCCGCCGUCCCCGCUGGUUCGAGCAUCACCCCACCGCCACCCCUGCUACCUGUCCGCCAACCUCAUACCAACCCGCGCCCAUGGAGUCGGCUCCGCGACUGGGUAAUUGGCUCGAUAUGGGAUAUUGAUCACAAACAUUGCUCAAAACAUUCGUCGCCACCGUCCAAUAUUCAUGAUCGGUAUGGCAGUGAUGUCGUCCUCCGAUUCCAUUUGCGCGAGCCGGAGGAGGCAGAAGCAUUAGCUUCCGCCUCCCAUGUGCUAUUUUUGGACAUCUGGGCCAUAACCUCAAAAUUCGUAGAUAUUAGGCUUGCAGAUGAUAUGAUCCCUUCCUUGUUGGACCUACUACCUUCAACACUCCGCACCUCCUACACUCCUCUCAUGGACAACCUCGCCGAUAAUAUAUACGCUUCUUACCCCUCCCGCCACCGUACCGAUUCAGACUUUGGAUCAAGAAUUGGAUCAGGGGAACUGAAGACAAUAUCGAACGGCGACCUAUUCUUCCAAGAAUACCAGCCGCUCAAUGUCAUCACGCAAUGGAUGCGCUUGAUGGCAUCAAUGUUCUCCUCGCACGUACAGAUGUUCAGCGUAGGAGCCACCUACGAGGGUCGCGAGAUCCCAGCAUUGCGAGUCGGCACCUCUACCGACCCAGAACACAAAUCGGGCCCUCGCAAGACAAUCGUUAUCGUCGGCGGCACUCAUGCCAGGGAAUGGAUCAGUACCUCCACGGUAACAUAUGUCGCAUACAGCCUCAUCACUCAUUAUGGCUAUUCGCCCGCAGUAACACGGUUACUGCAAGAGUAUGACUGGGUUUUAAUCCCAACCCUCAACCCGGACGGAUACGUCUACUCAUGGGAAUCAGACCGUCUGUGGCGCAAGAACCGCCAGCCAACGGGUCUUCCACUAUGCCCGGGCGUUGACCUAGACCGGGCCUGGGACUAUGAGUGGGACGGCGAGUCGACUCGCUCGAACCCGUGCUCAGAGAACUACGCCGGCUCAGAGCCCUUCGAAGCACUUGAAUCGCAGCGCCUGGCCCUGUGGGCUCAAAACGAGACCUCGCAUGGUCGUGCUGAGAUUGUAGGCCUCGUUGACUUGCACUCCUACUCCCAGCAGAUUCUAUACCCUUACUCAUACUCCUGCUCAUCCGUGCCCCCCACCCUCGAGAGUCUUGAGGAACUAGCGUUAGGUCUAGCCAAGUCUAUUCGUCAGACCUCCCAUGAAUCAUAUGACGUUACCUCAGCAUGUGAAGGGAUUCUUUCUCAAGGCGCUGCUGCUGGGGUUACCUCGGGCGGCAGUGCAUUGGAUUGGUUCUACCAUAAGCUGCACGCCAAAUUCUCGUAUCAGAUCAAACUCCGUGACCGCGGUAGUUACGGAUUCCUUUUGCCUUCGGAGCACAUUGUUCCAACGGGCAAGGAGAUUUUCAAUGCUCUGUUGACAUUCGGCAAGUUUGUCUGGGGCGAGGAGGCGUCUGAUAUCAGCUUUGAGGGUUUGAUGGGCGAUCAGAUACCUCUAUCCGACAGCCUGUAG